AUGCUCAACUAUACGCUGGCAACGGGCAGCAGGUCAACACUCCGCGCUUUAAGAAAUCCCAAAAAUGGACUUCUACUAAAAAACGCCAGUUUCAGCACCAAGAGCGUAAAGUCAAAUGAACCUGACAAAUUUGAGUCUCCUGAAGAAUUGGCCUCGAAGUCUCAUUUAAAAACGCAGCCCAUCGAUUUUCCAAACAAGGCUCCUGUAAAUCCUAAGAAAAAGAGACCGCUUUUGUCGGAUUCCAAAUAUGAGUCCAAACUAUAUCAGCUUCCCAAGUGGAAAGAAGCUCUUGGUGAAAUAGUAAUCAGAUCAUUCAAUCUAGAUAUGGAUAAGGUCAGGUCUGGUCCAGUGGCAGGAUCCUAUUAUUAUGCUUUAUGUAAAGAGCAAGGGCUUCAAUUCGAAAACGAACCACUAUCUACAACAGCCAAAUUUUUCUACCAUGAUUUGAAACUACCUCGCACUUUUUCUCAAUGGUUUCAGAUCACUAUAUUGCAUGAGUGGAUUCUUUUCGUACGUAUGCGAGCCAUGCCUUUCAAAUACGGUAAGAAUUAUCAGCAAAAAUUGGUGGAUAGAACUUUCACUGACAUAGAACUGAGACUUUUUGAUGAAAUGAACGUAAACUCUAGUCGUAUAGCUGACCAGUACCUCAAAGAUUUCAAUUCCCAGCUACGUGGUGCAGUAUUUGCCUAUGAUGAAGGUUUUGUCACGGACGAUUCUACUUUGGCCGCGGCAAUUUGGAGGAACUUGUUUGGUGGUAGAAAAAACGUUGAUAUGGUACAUUUGGAGGCAAUGGUCAGAUAUGUCCGCUCUCAGUUAUACGUCUUAAGCAAAAUGUCCGACAGAGAGUUCGCGAUGGGUGGUUUUAAAUUCGUUUCCCCUGACGAGACUGUUUAUCGUCUAAGCUCUCAACAAGAAUCGGACAUGAAGAAAGCUGUCAUUGAGAAGUACGAGGCUAUGGACAACAACCCAGAUUUGCUACCAAGCGACCGGAGUAAACUUUCAUAUGAAAACUAG